CAGAGGACCUACAAGACAAGAAAGGCAGGUUGCUCCGUGUUUAGCAAGAAGGGGAGCCAUGAAGACAAACAGAAAACAAAGACCCUAGUCCUACACGGAAAGAGGAAGCAGACUACAACAGCAGCCGCAGCCGCGGAUAGUGGAAGUCCAAUGUGGCAGAGGGGUCGCCGACACAGAGAGGGAAACAGAGGGAAUACAAGCCAAGCACUGGGGACGCCGCCAACACCAGCGGUCCUUUGCCUGCCUCACAGCCCUUCUAGACACGCUGCUUGCCUACGGAUCCUACCUUCCCAACUCUUGCAAGCACUCACUCGACUGGUCGCGUACUGAUCCCCCUUUGCCAUAGGCGCACAGGGGGAGGCAGCAGCAAGGUGUCCGAUUCCAGGAUUCCAGCACUUGAGGCCCGCGAUCCCAGCCGGAGGACGCCAGGCAGGGCAAGGCCAUUGGCAUGAAGACCCCCAACGCACAGGAGGCCGAAGGGCAACAAACUAGGGCAGCUGUGGGACGGGCCACUGGGUCUGCAAACUUGACAAAGAAAAAAGCCUCCCAAAAGAAGCAGAGGGGCAGACCUUCCUCCCAGCCCCGCAGGAACAUCGUGGGCUGCAGAAUUUCUCACGGAUGGAAAGAAGGAGAUGAGCCAGUCACCCAGUGGAAAGGAACCGUUUUAGAUCAGGUGCCUAUAAAUCCCUCCCUUUAUCUGGUGAAAUAUGAUGGAAUUGACUGUGUCUAUGGACUGGAACUUCACAGAGAUGAAAGGGUUUUGUCUCUAAAAAUUCUUUCCGACAGGGUGGCGUCAUCUCAAGUUAGUGAUGCCAACCUUGCAAAUACCAUAAUUGGCAAAGCAGUGGAACAUAUGUUUGAGGGUGAGCAUGGUUCUAAGGAUGAAUGGAGGGGGAUGGUGUUAGCCCAAGCACCUAUCAUGAAAGCCUGGUUUUAUAUUACCUAUGAGAAAGAUCCUGUCUUGUACAUGUACCAGCUUCUAGAUGAUUUUAAAGAAGGUGACCUCCGCCUUAUGCCAGAAUCCAGUGAGUCUCCUCCAGCAGAGAGAGAGCCAGGAGUUGUAGAUGGCCUGAUAGGUAAGCAUGUGGAAUAUACCAAAGAAGACGGCUCCAAAAGGAUCGGCAUGGUCAUUCACCAAGUGGAAGCCAAACCCUCUGUGUAUUUCAUCAAGUUUGAAGAUGAUUUUCAUAUCUAUGUCUAUGAUUUGGUGAAAAAGUCCUGUUAGGGUAAAAUUUGCCACAUUUGUGGAAACAAACGUAUAAUUUGUAGACACACAAAAAAUGUUGCUUUUCAGUGUAUUGAAAGCUUAAGGGUCCCUGAUAACCCAACAUCUUUGCCAGCAUAACUGUUGUUUUGUUCUAAAAAAUACAAAUUUAUGUGGACAUGA